AUGUCAGCCAACAAAGUUUUAUAUUCGUUUUUCUGGGCCCAAAAAGGAAUAAUUCUCAAGGAACCUACACCACCAGGUACAACAAUCACGAAGACAUAUUAUGCUAAUAUUUUGGUGAAUGAAUUUCAUCCAGCAAUUAAAAAGCAACGGCGAGGUUUAAUUUCAACACGUGUUAUUCUUCAAUAUGGCAAUGCACCACUACAGACAUCACAUCUUGUUUUUUCUACUAUUUAUAAUUUAAAAUAUGAAUUGCUUCGUCAUCCACGGGAAGGUACUACAAUGAUCAAAGUUCAUUGGCGUCAUCAAUAUUCCAGUGUCUGA